AUGCUGGAGUCAGAGCAAGGAGAAGUCUACACAGUGUUUAAAACCCGAAAGAUUCUUUUCAUAUUUAUCGCCACGUUAUGUGGCUCCUUGGGCCCUCUUGCUGCAAACAUUUUCUUGCCAUCAAUUGAGGUAUUUCAGCAUGUUUUCCAUACGUCAAAACAAGCCAUCAAUGGAACAAUUUCAAUGUUUAUGUUCGUGAUUGCGUUUGCGCCUUUGUUCUUAUCUCUAUGGUCAGACAACUACGGUAGAAGGCCAUUAUUACUAUCCUCGCUAAGUGUUUAUUUGAUAGCAAACAUAUUGAUACUGACCUUGCCGCCAAACAUUAUUGCUUUCUAUAUUUUCAGAGCUUUUCAGGGAUUCGGAGCUUCAAAUCUCGCCGUUGGGGUUGGAGUAAUCGCAGAUAUUUCUGAGCCAAAAAACAGGGCGAAGGCCAUAUCAUACUACAUGAUAGGGCCGCAAAUGGGGCCUGUGUUUGGUCCCAUGCUUGGAAUGGUCGGUGCCAGAUUUUCAUGGAGAUACAAUUUUAUUAUCUUGAGUAUUUUUGGUGGAAUAUCUUUGAUUCUUGUUUUUUUCUUUCUCCCAGAAACCUUGAGAACUAUUGUCGGUAAUGGCUCAGACUCGAGCCAAAAAAUCAUUGUUCCUUUUUCUUCGAGGAAAGCGAAUGACUUGCAAGCAAUCUUGAAUAAGCCAAAACGCCCCGGCAUCAUGCUUUAUCUCAGGCUUUGCAUAAAUCGCCCUGUUCUUCUCUGUGCUGUGAGUGGUGGACUAGCAUUUUCGUGCUUCUAUGCUGUAACUGUUAGUUUUUCUGAGGCACUUACUAAUGUUUAUGGCUUUGAUGUUCUCCAUGUAUGCUUGGCUUACAUUGCGCCUGGAGUAGCCUUAGUAUUGGGCUCAAUAAUCUUUGGCAUUUUGUCUGAUUUGUUGCGAAAGCAAGAUACCCUGAAAUAUGGAAUCGAGUCACGGUUCAAGCUACAAAUCGCCUGUUUGCUUCCUUUUCUUGGUGCAGUAAUUUCCUUUGGGUGGGUAGUUCAAAGUAGUGGUCAUUUUGCUUACGUGAUAUUGUUGACAUUUUUAGUGGCAUUUCUUGUGUCCGGGAUACUCAUCACAAACACUACCUACUUGAGUGAGCUUUCACGCAAUCAGCCAGCUUCAUAUGUCGCGUUUGGUAAUCUUAUACGAAAUAUGGGUGCUGCUGUUUUUGUUGCUUGCGUUAACCCAAUGACAAACAAAGUGGGGUAUGGAUGGGGCUUUACCAUCUAUGCACUGACAUGUUCAGUGAGCUUCAUCUUCUCAAUUCUUGUCUUAAUGUUUGGGUCUCAUUGGCGUGAGGCUUUAAAUCGUGAUACAGAAUCAGUUUCAGAAAAGGAUUUCCAGUCAGCAUCUUGA